UAUGGUUAGAUAAAAAUUUUCCUCAUGAUGGUGCAAGUAAUCUUUCAAGUUAUGAAGGUAAAAAGAGAGAAGACAUAACUGAGUUAAAUAUCAGAGGUAGACUCCUCGGAGGUUCCUUAAAGUUAGAAGGUUUCAAUAAUUUAGAAGAGAUGCGUUGUGACAAUAAUUACCUAACUGAUAUAAAGUCACUAUUGUCUGAGUUGAAUCCAGAAAAAAUAAAGACUCUAGAAGAUUAUGAAGAGGGUAUUGCCAACCGUUUUGUUGGAUCACUUCAACCAUUGCGAAGAUUAACUAAAUUAAAACAAUUGUUCAUUAAUAAUACAGAUAUUGACAGAGGUUUAGAAUAUUUACCAGAGGAUUUAGAAAGUUUGUAUUGUGGAGAUUGUGCUGGUUUAAGGUCAAAUGAAGUAGAUUUUGCCGCUUACUUGGAAACUAAAAAAGUUUAUAACAAAAUAGAAAGGUUGAAUAUUGCUGAUAAAGGUUUAGAGGGAUCUUUGGAUCUGAGCGUUUUCAAAAGUUUAACAGACUUGAAUUGUUCAAAAAAUCAAAUCACUAGUCUAGAUUUAACUGGAUUAAUUAAACUAGAAAACCUUUCUUGUAAUGAUAAUCUUAUAGAAGAGUUUGAUCUUACUUCUUUAAAUCCUGAAAAACUUACUAGUCUAAACAUAAAAAAUAAUAAUUUAUCUGAACAAAAUAUAAAAAUUUUUGAUGAAUUCACUAAAUUAAAACAAUUAUCGAUUGGUAAUGAUAAUAAGGAAAAAAUUGAUAAAGGUGAAUAUAAUCACUUUUCUGGCUCACUAAGUUCUUUAAAAGGACUAACUGAUUUAGAAAAUUUAUAUAUUUCUAAUACUGAUAUUGACGAGAUUGAUAUUGAAAAAUUACCUAAAAAUUUAAGUAUAGGUAAAACUUAUUGCUCUACGGAAGAAAGACCAAAAAGCAAAGUAGAAAAAAUUCAAGCAAAGUUAUAUUCUCAUCUUACCAAAAAAUACUUAAAUGAGAUGUAUCCUGAUAAGUCUGCUAAAGUAUUAGACAAUCUUUAUUCAAAAGGAUUAAAAGACCAUUUAGAUUUAAGUAAUUAUAAGGACUUAGAAGUGUUAGAUUGUCAUGAUAAUCAACUAACUAGUAUAGAUAUCAGUAAAAACACUAAACUCAAAAAACUUAAUUGUUCUAAAAAUAAAUUAAAGGGGAUUGAUUUUGAAAAAAGUAUUGAGUUAGAAGAAUUGAAAUGUGAUAAUAAUAAAUUAGGAGGAUUAAACUUAACAGGCAAAAAUAUUAAACUUAAAAGACUUUCUUGUCGCAGUAACAAGUUAAAAAAAAUUAAUCUUGAUAAUAACAUUAAUUUAGAGGAACUAAAUUGCAGUAGUAAUGAAUUAGAAAGACUAGAUGUAAGAAAAAAUAAUCAGUUGAUUGAACUAGACUGUUCUAAUAAUAGGUUAGAUGCUUUGGAAUUAACUGGUUGUUCCGAGUUAUCUAAAAUCAACUGCUCUGAUAAUAAAAUUGAGAAAUUGGAUCUUCAAGAAUUAUCCAAUUUAAUUAGUCUCGAUUGUGAAAAAAAUAAAUUAGAAAAUCUGGAAGAAGUUAAGGAAUUAGAUAUUAGCGGUGAGGAAUUAACUGGGAAUUUAGAAUUAAAUGGAUUUAGUUCUUUAAAACAUUUAAUUUGUUGUGACAACCAACUGGAGAGUAUUGACCUAAGUGAUUGUAAGCAAUUAGAAAUUAUCGACUGUAAAAGGAAUAAAUUGAAAGAACUAACAUUUAGCAAUGAUUUUGUUUUAGGACUAAAAGAAUUUCGUGGUUCCGACAAUGAAUUUAAAAAACUAGAAAGUAUUAUUGGUCAUAUAGAUUCUGAAGUUUUAAAUUAUUUCGAUAUUAAUAACAUCAAUAUUUCCGAUUGCGAUAUAAGUGAUUUUGCUAAAUUUAAAAAACUAGAAAGACUGUUUAUUGGCAGUAAUGAUGAAGGCAAAAAAAAUGUCUUCGCUGGUUCCUUAGAAAGUUUAAAAGAACUAGACAAAUUGCUCGAAAUUGAUAUUCGUAACAACGAUGAUGAAGAAAAAAACAAAUUUAAGGAUUAUGGGCAGAAAAAUGAUAAUAAACAUUGUUACGUUGAAGAAAACAAGUUUUAUGAUAUUAAAGCCUUACGAAGAAGCAAAGAGGCAUCAGAUGAUGUCGAAAUAAAAGUGAUACUAAGAACUCCACUUCUGUCAGCAGACAAAAAAAAUAAAACGGACGCAAUCAAAGAUGAUUAUGAUGCUAAAGUGGUAGAUUAUUUUGAAAGUGGUAAAUUAAUUUAUCCUUCCGAAAAAGAGACCGGAUUUAAAUGGGAAACUGGUGAAAAAUUAUUAUCGAGUAAUUUGCCACUUAGAUUGUGUUACUUUAGUAGUGAAGAUAAGGAAGCUGAAAAAAGACUUAGUCUGGGUGGAAUAAAAUCUUUAGACAAAGCAAUUAAAACUCUACGAGUUCUUAAUGAAUUCCAUGGUUUAAGUAUAAAAGGAAAGGAGAUUAGAUACCUCUGGAUGGAUCAGUUAUGUGUUAAUCAGGACAAUCCUAAGGAAAAGGGUCACGAAGUUUCAAAAAUGAGAGAUUACUAUGGUAAUGCUACGGUAACGUUGAUAGCAAUCCAUGCUGAGAGUGAUUCUCUCGUUCUUGAACUUUUCAAGAAGGCUUUUUGUCUAAAAGAACCAUUUUUAUAUUUAUGUGGAGAAAAGGCUGCUACUCCUGUAGGAUGGAUAUAUUAUGAAGGUGAGGAUAAAAAAGGGUAUAGUUUGGGAGAUAAAGCCUCACUUAGGCUAAAUGAGGCUUUAUGA